CCCAACCCAUGAGCCAUUCCCUCGGCCACUUGAAGAACCGAAAAUUUCUCAAGCGAUUUGAUUUCACCCUGUCGUGCGCUUCAACCUUUUGAAUCCAGCGAACCAAAUUCCAUUCCCCAAGGCUGUUCCAGAGUGAAUUGGUUGGGAUACAGCGGGCUGCUCUCACCGUUCUACAUCUACCCAUGUCUUGCAGAUUCUUCGGCGCCUAUCUUUCCCGCUCUGGAAAUCUCCGCAUAAAAUUCCACAACCCCAUUUCCCUUACCAAUUUCCUCAACCCCAAAUCAAUCAAAUCCAAACCCAUUCAACCAUUCCCUCGAACCCCAACAUUUUUCUCAUCCAGUUCUAAAAUGGGUGAUGCUCGAAGACCGCUCUCCGCCAACAUUCCGCCACCAGACAAAGCCGAACGAUCGGAAUUGCUGCGAUCACUCGAGUUUUCGCUCAAUUCUGGGUUUAGCUCCGAGCCAUUGUUACCGAAACCGAGCCCUUUGAUUAUUGUUAUCAGCGGUCCAAGUGGGGUGGGGAAGGACGCUGUGAUUAAACGAUUGAGAGAGGUUCGAGAAGGGCUACGUUUUGUCGUGACAGCGACGAGUCGGUCAAUGCGACCUGGUGAAGUCGAUGGAGAAGACUAUUAUUUCGUCUCUAAGGAAGAAUUUCUGGCCAUGAUUGAGAGGAACGAGCUUCUGGAAUAUGCGUUAGUGUAUGGGGAUUACAAGGGCAUUCCCAAAAGGCAAAUUAGGGAAUUCAUGGCACAAGGGUUUGAUAUUGUGUUGAGAGUAGACAUUCAAGGGGCCGAGACAUUAAGGAAAAUCCUUGGAAAAUCUGCUGUGUUUGUGUUCUUGAUGGCGGAGAGUGAGCUUAAACUGGUGGAGAGGUUGAUUGAUAGGAAGACGGAGACGAAGGAGUCAUUGUUGGUGAGAGUUGCAACGGCUAGAGAGGAAGUAAGACAUGUUAAGAAUUUUGAUUAUGUGGUUGUGAAUGCAGAAGGGAAGCUGGAGAAUGCGGCUAAGCUGGUGGGAUCCAUUAUUGAUGCUGAGAAAGCAAAGGUCUGGCAGAGAAAUGCUUCCGUUUAGAUACAGAUUUGAGGCAUCAUUUUGUAAGGUGUGAUAAUCAUCACUCGAAGAUGGCAAAGUCUGAUUUCAUUCAGCUACCGCUGCAUACUGCGAUUCUUACUCGUUAACGAGUUUCGAAAUUUUGUUUUUCGUUCUAAUACCCAAAUGUCAGUUGAACUGAAACCUUAUGAGCUUCAAAUUUGUUUAGACAGUUGAGUUAAACAAUAACUUCAGGCAGCAUAGACAGGACUGACUGCUCCAGAGAAGGUUUAUAUUACUCCACCAUGGUAAUGCUGAUGAACUUUCAAAUUUCAUAUCCAACAUGGUUGUUACUAUUACUAUCAUACUACUCCUAAGUGAAAUCUCAAUAAAGUUCUACUUUUGGGGGCUUCGACACUA